UGGCAACCGACCAUAGCAACUGUCGGCGUUCAGGACUUCAGUUUGGAGCAUGGCCGAGACAGAUCCAGGAGCACUAAGCUCCGAACAGCAGGAGCGACUUCGUGCAUGGAAGAUUGAAACACAGAUCAGUAAUGAGCGAUAUCUAAGAAGUCAUGGUGAGGUAGACUUUCUGCUGUCUGGAUUUAUACGAGAGGUUCUUUUGAGAAGGCCGGAGAAUAUACGGGAAUUUGCUGCAGAGUACUUCACAGAUCCAAUUGUGGCCAACAGGAUUUGGGAGAAGAUGAGAGAAGUAGAGACUGCCAAAUAGAAUGACUGAUUUCCACUGAAUGGAAACAGAGAGUGUUGGACUUUACAGAGAUCUGGGCCCUGCUGAUAAACUAAAUAAUCUAAUUUUGUGACAGACUUGAAUAAACUAUGGUUCUUUAUAUCA